UGGCGGGCGGUGAUCGUCCCGGAAAGAUUAUUACCUGCUACUGUAGUUUUAAAAACUUCAAAAUCACGGCGUACAUAAAUUCGUUCUGCUGAAAAGCCGGGUUUGAGUGGCGAGGAGAAGAAUAGCCACGCUUAUGGAAGAAUACGACGGAUACAUGGAGGAAGAAGAAGAAUGGGAUAGGGAGGGACUUCUCGACCCGGCUUGGGAAAAGCAGCAAAAAAAGACAUUUACAGCAUGGUGCAAUUCACAUUUGAGAAAAGCAGGAACAUCAAUAGAAAAUAUAGAGGAGGACUUUCGACAUGGUUUAAAACUUAUGUUGUUAUUGGAAGUAAUAUCUGGGGAGCAGUUACCUAAGCCAGACAGAGGCAAAAUGAGGUUCCAUAAGAUAGCCAAUGUGAACAAAGCCCUCGAUUUCAUUGCUAGCAAAGGUGUCAAAUUGGUUUCAAUAGGAGCUGAAGAAAUUGUAGACGGAAAUGUAAAAAUGACAUUAGGUAUGAUUUGGACGAUCAUCUUACGUUUUGCCAUUCAAGACAUCACAGUAGAAGAAAUGACAGCUAAAGAAGGUCUACUCUUAUGGUGUCAACGGAAAACAGCUCCUUACAAAAAUGUUAAUGUACAGAACUUCCACCUUAGCUGGAAAGAUGGGUUAGCAUUCUGUGCCUUAAUCCACAGACACCGGCCCGAGCUGUUAGAGUAUUACAAGUUGUCACGGGAUAAUCCACUAGAGAACUUAAACACAGCCUUUGAAAUAGCAGAGAAACAUUUGGAUAUUCCCAAAAUGUUGGAUCCAGAAGACAUGUUCAACUCCGCGAAGCCCGACGAGCGAUCUGUCAUGGCCUACGUUUCAUCUUACUACCACGCUUUCUCCGGAGCACAGCAGGCCGAGACUGCUGCUAACCGAAUCUGCAAGGUGCUGAAGGUGAACCAGGAGAACGAGAGACUGAUGGAGGAAUACGAACGUCUCGCCAGUGAGCUUUUGGAAUGGAUUCGAAAAACCCGCCCGUGGCUAGAAAACCGAGUAACUGACAACACACUGCCUGGCACACGACACAAGCUAGAAGAAUUCCGUGACUACCGCCGAAAACACAAGCCGCCCAAGUUGAACGACAAAGCCCAACUAGAGAACAGUUUUAACACCCUACAGACCCGACUCCGACUCAGUAACAGGCCUGCCUACUUACCCACAGAAGGAAAGAUGGUUUCGGAUAUUGCUAAUGCGUGGAAAGGCCUGGAAACUGCUGAGAAAGGUUUUGAAGAGUGGCUUCUCUCUGAAUUACAGAGAUUGGAACGUUUGGAUCACCUGGCCCAGAAGUUUCGUCAUAAGUGUGACAUCCACGAGGAGUGGGCGCAAGGCAAGGAGGAGAUGUUACAGAGCAGGGAUUACAAACAGUGCAGGCUAAACGAACUCAAGGCAAUGAAGAAGAAACAUGAAGCAUUUGAAAGUGAUUUGGCCGCACAUCAAGACCGCGUGGAACAGAUUGCAGCAAUAGCACAGGAACUCAAUGCCCUAGAUUAUCAUGAUGUUGCUUCUGUCAACACAAGGUGUCAGACAAUUUGUGAACAGUGGGAUCGUCUUGGUCAGCUGACACUGAGCAGAAGGGAAGGACUACUGGAAGCUGAGAAGAUCUUGGAGAAGAUUGAUUAUCUACACCUUGAGUUUGCCAAGAGAGCCGCACCAUUCAACAACUGGAUGGACGGUGCUAAAGAGGAUCUCAUGGACAUGUUUAUUGUACACUCCACUGAAGAGGUCAAGGGGCUGAUAGAUGCGCACGAGCAGUUUAAGGCUACCCUGGGCGAUGCGGACAAGGAGUUCAACACGAUUAUAGCCCUCGUACAAGAGGUCACCCGUCUGGCCCAGCAGUACAACAUGACUCCACCCAACAACCCAUACACCACGUUACAUCCACAGUCCCAGGAAGCUGAAGAGGAGGACAUCACUACGAAGUGGGCAGAAGUGAAGCAGCUGGUGCCGAACCGUGACGUGGUCCUCCAGCAGGAGAUGAUGAAACAGCAGAACAACGAGCGACUCCGCACGCAGUUUGCGUCCAAGGCCAAUGUCAUCGGCCCGUGGAUCGAGAACCAGCUCGACGCGGUGGCGUCCAUUGGGGUCCAGAUGAAGGGUUCGCUGGAAGACCAGCUGAAGAAACUACACCAGUACGACAAGACUGUGUCCACGUACAAACCCAACAUGGAUGAACUCGAGAGAUAUCACCAGGAAAUUCAAGAAGCCAUGGUGUUUGAGAAUAGAUAUACAGAGUAUACCAUGGAGACCCUGCGUGUUGGAUGGGAACAGCUCCUUACGGCAAUUGCUCGCAAUAUUAACGAAGUUGAGAACCAGAUCCUGACGAGAGAUUCGAAGGGAAUCAGUGAGGAUCAGAUGAACGAGUUCAGGAUGUCCUUCAACCACUUCGACAAGACCCGCAACCGACGCCUCGAGCCGAAAGAGUUCAAAGCCUGCCUUAUCAGUCUGGGAUAUAACAUCAGGGAUGACAAACAGGGUGAAGCAGAUUUCCAGAGAAUCAUGGCUAUCGUGGACCCCAACCGGUCUGGCUAUGUGACGUUUGACGCCUUCCUUGACUUCAUGACCCGGGAGACCGCGGACACCGACACUGCUGAACAAGUGAUGCAAUCCUUCAAGAUCUUAGCUGGAGACAAGCCUUACAUCACAGCCCAGAUCUUGCGCCAGGAGCUGCCCCCGGAUCAGGCUGAGUACUGCAUCCAGCGCAUGGCUCCAUACAGUGGGCGGGACGCGGUGCCCGGUGCUCUCGACUACAUGUCCUUCUCCACAGCCCUGUAUGGCGAGAGCGACCUCUAGUGGAAUACAAAGGGGAGACUUAAAUAGUGCAUCAUAGAAAAACAAAAAUCUGUGGUUACUGAGUUAAGCCAUCAUGUUUAUGAAUGCUGGGAUUGUCUCAAACAUAGGAGGAGAAAAAAAGAAUAUAUAAACAUAAAAAAUUUACAUAUUUCAAAAAAAAAAAAAAUUAAAAAAAAAUCCUCCUGCAAGCAGUGUAUUUUAAUUAUAUACUACUAACUGGCCAGUGUUGAUAUUGGUCUGAUCAAUCCACCAGCUAGCUUAUUGUAGUGAAAGCAGUCCGAAACGUGGUGAGCCCGUGUAUUCCGAUAGAUGUGUGGUGCUGUUUGGAUAUUGAGAUGUUGACCAUGUAUGUUCACCAAGCUGUUAACUUUUUCUUGAAAAUAAAUUAAAACUAUUUAACGCUUUGUAAUAUGCCGAUCGUAUAAUGUAGAUGCUCCUUAACACAUUUGAAUUUUUUUUUUUUUUUGUGUACAAAAAGAUUUAGAAGACCCGAAUGUGUUAAAAGUAUUUUGUAUAUUCAGUGGCAAACUAAGGCUAUGCAGAAAUUCUGAUUCUUUCUCACUCUUCUCCCAUCUCCCCAGUGUAAUACGCUUACUAAAGUUAGCUAAUGUUUUUGUGUUUUGCUUGUAAUGGAAGUAGAACGUUCACUUUCAGUUUCUCUUACAUCAGUUUUGGGGAUGCUGUUAAAGUAGUGGGCCAAGAUUUGAAAAAUUAAUUGUUCAGUGUAUAUAAAAACUAAAACAACACUGCCAUUUAAAGAAAACCUUUAUGCAAAAAAUAAAUAUAUAUAUAUGCAGGUUAGGUUUUUGUCCAACAAAUAUGAUAAAUACUUUCGGUUUAUGUCCAAAAUAUGAUAAAUAACAUUUGGUCUGGCAAAUCUGAACAACAAAACUAUUAGCAUUUUAAAAUUGUAUCUCUGCACAAGGCGGAGUCAAAAGGAUAUUUCGACAGUAUGACUGCUCCCAUAAGUUCAGAUAUUUACAUAGCAUUGCCUCAAAAAUCAGUAUAUAUUUAUAAUUUUCUGUGGAUUUAAAAAAAAAAAAAAAUGGCAGAAACAAAAAAAUUGUCAUAAGAGUACCUGAAUGAGUUGUUUGAGAACAGUGCAAUAUGAAUGGUCUGAUAAUUGAAAAAAAUAACAUCAUAUUUUGGAGAUGAACUUGGAGAACCUAAGUCUCAGGCUGUCUGGUUUGCUGUAUGAGUAUAGUAUAUAUAUUUUUUGAGGUUGUGUACAGGUUGAUGUAUUUUAAUGGCAGUUUGCCCUGCCUGGCCCGAUAUGAUAUAUUGUGGGGAUGUUGUAAUAUGUUUAUCGCUUUAUCUACACAUACGGUAGAUGUAUCUAGUUAAUAUUACUAUUAAUUAUUUAACAAGAUUGAUUUUGGAUUUCUGUGCUAAAAUGUCGGAUGUUUUUUCUUGCAUGAAAAUGGUGGAUUGUGCCUGGUGUUAAUCACCAAGUGUAUCCACUAAAUUUGAAGGUUUUUUUUUUUUUUUUUUUCUGUAGCUGCAGGACAGACAACCCAGGACAUUUGAUUGUUUUUUUCUUAUUUUAUGAAACCAGAGUUAUCAGCCCUUUGUUGUUUUGUAUCUCCACUGGUUGGUGAUUACAAGUGUUCAUCACACAUACAAUUUUGAAAAUGGCAAUUGCAAACAUACUGAUGUUUAUAUGAACUGUGCAGGUUAACUCUUUAUGGCCUUAAACCAUCAGACAUGCAUGCAGAGAUUUAAAAAAAACCCAUUUUUUUAAAUUUACAAUAUCAACUAUGGCAGCUGUAAACAUUCAGGUCUAGUAAAUCGCAAGUGUUAUUUUCAUUAUUGUCCUAUAAUUUGGUUACGUUGAUGUGUUGGAUUUUCUGAACCAGAUGUUUACUGUUUGUGUAUGUAUAAAAUAACAAUUUUUAUUUUGACCUUUAGAUAAUUAAAUGUAGCAUUGUGAAAUAGAAGAAGCAGGCAUAUUUUUAUAAUCAUUUAUUAUACAGAGAAAAAAUCUUCAUUGGGAACGUAUUCUUGUAUCCCAACCACCACCAUUUUAAUUUUUUUUUUUUUUUUUUUUUUUUUUUUUUAAAGUGACCAUAAGUACGUUGAUAUUCAUCCAUUUAGUGUUUCCUGUGCUGAAUAUUAGCUGAUACUGCAUUGCCUGGUAUGUUGUUUCUGCUAACAUUUAGCAAGUAGAAAGUAGGUGGGUUUUUUUUGUUAACAAAACAUGUAAAUUGGUAACUGUUUGGAAGUUGAAAAAUUAAAAAUAUGAUCUGUGAUUCUUACUAUUCUUACAUCACUUUUGAGAUUUAUAUCCAGAUUUUUUUUUUUACAUUUGUAAAAUUUUAUAUAUGUAAAACAAGAUAAUGUUUGUAAAUUUGGAUAGUUAGAAUAGGUUGAUCAACAAAAGCCCAGGUCAAGGUCACUAAUGUGAUUCUGUAUGUGCCUGUCUCACCCAAUCUGUGUGUUAGAUGUUAUUUAAACUGACCAAUCGGUAAUCAAUGUAGAAAUGCUUAAUUACAUUUCUAACCAAUCAGUGGAGACGUAACAUGUCAUGGUAUUAUGAUAAUGUGAUCUUCCAAGCAUAACAUGUCACAGAGAUGUGAUGAAAGGUAUUUGUUUCUCCUGAACUACCCAUUUAUGAAUACUGAUAUAUAUGUAGUAUGUAUUUUGACAUUAGAAAAUGUAUGCUGGAUAUAUGCCGGGUGUUUUUUUUUUUUGUUUUUUUUCUUCAUUGCUAGACUAUUAUUUUUUAACCACUUUACAAACUCUGCUUGUACUCUUUUUGUACCGAUAUAAUAAUUAUGUAGUAAUCAAACGUCACAAUGGAUUUUUUUUUUUUUUCACGUGUAGAUACAUUUGUUAUAUUACUUUAGGUGUGUUAAAAUCAAAAACGUUUAGUCCAUAGUCCAUGUGUGAUGGUGUAUUGUGGACUUUGACCUUUGACCUAUGUAUCAUUUUGUAAUAGGCCUGCUUGUUUUUAACCAUCGUUCCGGGAGAGCCGUCGCCCGGCCGUUGUUGACAUAUCGCUCUGCUUGAUGUAUAGCCAAAAGUCAUUUAUAUCAUGUCUCUACUGAUUUAGAUACCGAAUAAACUCUUUACCUCUUUAAAA